UUUGCGACGAUGACAGUCGCUUGACGGCAGACUGGGGCAGGGCUGCCUGUAAGAUCCGAGAUAUCUGGUCGUCCGCACAUCUGUCCGAUAGUCCAAAGUUUAUUCAAAUUAAUCCAUCGUAUCGGGCCUAAUGGAUCCCAAUCGAAUCAUACAGGCUUUGAAGGGCACCAUAGAUCCAAAUCGCAGGCUAGCGGCUGAGAAUGAGCUCAACCAGUCCUACAAGAUCAUCAACUUCGCCCCAACUCUGCUGCAGAUCAUUGUUUCGGACCAGGUGGAGUUUCCUGUGCGACAGGCAGCUGCCAUCUACUUGAAGAACAUGGUGAGUCAGUACUGGCAGGACCGAGAGCCUACAUUGGGAGAGGUGGUGUUUCCUUUCAACAUCCAUGAAAACGAUCGCGGACAGAUCCGAGAAAACAUGGUGGAGGCCAUUAUUCGCUGUCCAGAGUCCAUAAGGGCUCAGCUGACAGUAUGUCUGCGUGCCAUAAUAAAACACGACUUUCCUGGACGGUGGAUGGGCGUAGUGGACAAAAUUAACCUGUACCUGCAGUCACAGAACAGUGGGAGCUGGUAUGGGAGUCUGCUCGCUCUUUAUCAACUUGUCAAAAACUACGAGUUUAAGAAGGCUGAGGAGCGGGACCCCCUGUUGGUUGCGAUGCAGAUCUUCUUGCCUCGGCUCCAGCAACUCAUCACUCAACUCCUGUCUGAUGCCACCUUCAUCUCAGUUCUGAUCCAGAAGCAAAUCCUAAAGAUUUUCCAUGCACUUGUACAGUAUUCCCUUCCACUACAGCUGAUCAGUAACACAGCCAUGACCUACUGGAUGGAGAUCCUGCGGACAGCUGUUGAUCGGGACGUCCCUGCAGAAACUCUGGAAGCUGAUGAGGACGAUCGACCGGAACUGAUCUGGUGGAAAUGCAAGAAAUGGGCUCUGCACAUCAUCACGAGAAUGUUUGAGAGAUAUGGCAGUCCAGGAAAUGUGACGAAGGAAUAUGUCGAGUUUGCUGACUUUUUCUUGAAGACAUAUGCUGUAGGAAUCCAGCAGGUCUUGUUGAAAGUGAUCGAGCAGCACAGACAGAGGCAGUACGUGAGUCCUCGUGUCCUCCAGCAGGCGCUGAGCUACAUGACUCAGGGCGUCUCGCACUCGCUCACAUGGAGACAGAUGAAACCGCACAUGCAGACUAUAACUCAGGAGGUGGUGUUUCCUCUGAUGUGCUAUAAAGAUGAAGAUGAAAGACUAUGGCAGGCCAGAUUGUCUGUAGAUAUGUAUGAUGAUCAUGUGUCUCCCACCACGGCCGCUCAGACUCUAUUGUGUACAGCAGCCAGGAAGAGGAAGGAGGUUUUGCCUCAGAUGAUGGAGUUUUGCCAUCAGAUCCUCAUGGAUCCCAACGCUGACCCCCGCAGGAAGGACGGGGCACUGCAUGUGAUCGGUGCCUUGGCUCAACACUUGCUAAAGAAGCGGGUGUACAGGGACCAGAUGGAGCUCAUGUUACAAAACUAUGUGUUUCCACUGCUCAACUUUAAUCUUGGCUACUUAAGGGCCCGGUCGUGCUGGGUGCUGCACUCGUUCAGUCCUUUGAGGUUCCAUAAUGAGCUGGUCCUGAGGAACGCUGUGGAGCUGGUCAAACAGAACCUGGUGGAUGACAAGGAGAUGCCUGUCAAAGUGGAGGCAGCCAUUGCACUGCAGACGCUGGUCAGGAACCAGGAGCAAGCUAAGGUCUACAUCCGACCCUUCAUCAAGCUUGUGAUGCAGGAGCUGCUGCACAUCAUCAAAGAAACCGAGAACGAUGACCUCACCAGUGUAAUUCAGAAGAUGAUCUGUGAAUACAGCGAGGAAGUGGCCGUCAUUGCAGUGGAUAUGACACAGAACCUGGCGGAGAUCUUCAACAAGAUUCUCCAGAGUGAAGAAUACGAGGAAAGUGAAGAUAAGACCGUGAUGGCUCUCGGUAUCCUCAGCACCAUAGACACUAUCCUCACAGUCAUGGGGGACCGGAAAGAGAUCAGUCAACAGCUGGAGGGAAUAUGCCUGCAGGUGAUCGGUCUUGUCCUCCAGAAACCCAUCAUAGGUAUGUGUAUCCCUUUGUUUGUGGAGGCCGUGUUGGAGCGGUUAACACGAGGUGUGAAGUCCAGCGAGCUCCGCACCAUGUGUCUACAGGUGGUAAUCGCAGCUCUGUACUACAACCCCACCCUACUGAUACACACACUGGAGAACAUCCGCUUCCCACACAGCCCAGAGCCAAUCACAGCGCAGUUCAUCAACCAGUGGAUGAACGACACAGAGCUCUUCUUAGGACUACAUGAUCGUAAGAUGUGCAUCAUUGGGCUGAGUGUUUUGAUGGAGCUGCCCAGCCGCCCUGCGGUCCUGGAGGAAGUUGCAGGCCAGAUCGUUCCCUCCAUCCUCCUCCUCUUCCUGGGUUUAAAGCACAUCUACGCCACCCGAGUGCUCAACAAACCAGAGCAGCUCACCAGAGCUCAAGGCACAGAGGAGGAAGAGAAUGAGGAGAUUCCUAGCGAUGAGGAUGAGGUCGGACAGAAAGGGGUGGCCCUGCAGUCGUCGGGCACUUCCACUGGGAAUGACAAUGAAGAUGAAGAUGAUGAGGACGAUGAUGAAUGCUGGGAUGAUGAAGGUCUGGAGGGGACCCCAUUAGAGGAGUACAGUACACCACUGGACUAUGACAACGGAGAGGAUGAACAUCAGUUCUUCACUGCCUCCCUGCUCCGUGUUCAGAGUUCAGAUGCAGGCUGGUAUCAGUCCCUCACAUCACCUCUAAGCGAAGACCAGAGGAAACAACUGCAGGAGAUCUAUAACCUUGCCCAGCAGAGGAGGAGCGCAGGAGUCAAGGGACUGUGAGAUGUUCCAGUUGCAGGUUGGAGAUACCUGACACUUUGGAUUUGGAUCUGUACAGAGUUCUGACACCAAAAACAGCUUAAACUCUGGAGACUAGAGACAUCUCGGUCAGGAUGGAUGGGAUCUUUAACCCAGGACCCAAAGCAAGCUCUUCAGAUCCAUGACUUUUAAUAGGAACACUGAGACAUCGUCAAAACUGGUCAGAAAGGCCCCAGUGAAGUCGAAGAGGUUACUCUGGGUCACCCCUUCCCUGAAGCUGUGUGUGUGUGUGUCUGCGCAUCUGUACAGAAUUAUGGGUGUUUGCGCAUGUGUGCAGACGGGUGUGUGUAUAAGUAAUUGAAUGUUAUAUAUUCUGUUUCUCUCAGUUUCUCCUCCAUUUGCAAUGAGUCAGUAAGAAACUCGACCGAGGCAGUGAGGUGAGACAUGUCAAGACAAGCCAGAGCGAGACAGACGGACACCGCUUCAGACUGACACACAGAUGGAGGGAUUUGUGGUGUUGGUCAGUGCCUUCAGAGAUACGUAGGCAUUUUUCUGCCCAAACAGAUCAUGUGCACUGGCUAAAUGUCAGAAGGACGAUGUUUAUAGCUGUCAUAUGUUUGUAUGUUUCAGAGUUUGUUUUUGUAACAGUCCGUUUUCAGAAUUAACUUAAGUCAUAAAAGUUAAUAUA